GCCAUGGGGAUGCACAUGAGAAUCCUCUUGGCGUUGGUGAUCGCGGCGGCCGUUCUCUCGGCCGGCGAUGGGCAGGACGGACAUGGGGGUGGGGGGCACGGCGGGUACGGUUAUCCGGGUGAAAUCGGGUCUGAGAACGGCCGGGCGACUCGUGACCUGGGUGACGCAACACAAGGAGGCCGUGAUGAGACGGAGGACGGUCGCGGGGUUCGUGAGAUCGUUGGUGAAGCCGCAGAUGUAGCGAGCUGGGCAGGAUACGGCCGUGGAGGACGCGGAGUUCGCGACCUCGGUGACGGCGAGGGCGCCAGGCGCCCCUGGGGAAGAAUUCGUGACGUUCGUGACGCCACACAAGUGCCAGGCGGCGGUGGAGGCGGCGGUAGAGGCGGCGGUGGAGACGGCGGUGGAGACGGCCGUGUCGGAGGCCGUCGAGGCCGUAUCGGAUUCGGCCGUGUAGACAGCCGUGGUCGUGGAUUCGGCCAUGGAGGCGUCCCACGUCGGGGAAACAGACGCUGGAUUGUUGUGGAUGAGACGGAGAGAGGACGCGGGGUUCGCGACGUCGGCGACGCCGCAGAAGUCGAAGGCGGCAGGUCAACGAGGGAUCUGGACGCGGCCGAACCACCACCUCCUCCAAGUAGUGGCGGUCGCGGACGUCGCGAGUCCAUGGCGCAACCGCCUCGCCGUCGCGGAGGUCGCUCGGCUGCCGACGCCGACGCAGAGAAGCGUAUCCCGAGGGAUUUGCCGCCACCACCACCACCUCCGCCUGGUAGCGGCAGUCGCGGGCGUCGCAACUCCAUGGCGGAACCACAACCGCCCCACCGACGUGGAGGUCGCUCGUCUCCCGACACCGUCGUAGCGGAGCGUAACCAGCGGGAGUUGCAACCCCCACAACCUCCACCCAGUAGCGGCGGUCGCGGACGUCGCGAGUCCAUGGCGGAACCGCCACCGCAGGGUUGAUACGUUUCCUUGGGAUGUGGCCGCAAAUCGUUGGCAUGAUCUUUUUGGGCACCGACCGCUUGACGAUCAAAAGACGCCACCUAGCGACGAUCAUGGGAAUUGAGCUUUAUGCGAUACACUGCUUUCAAUAUAUUCACGGUUGAUUAAAAUUCUAGUAUAAGCACAACAUAGACAGUACUUACUGAAGGUAUGAAACGCAAACAUAUGUUUCUGUCAGGUCUCUCUUUACAUUAUAGAUAUACAUAUAUUAGAAAAGAAUUUAAGAUACGAAAGAAAUAGAGAAACAUUGCUGGCAUUUAAAUCGCCAUAUAAUGUUCUUCAAAUAACAAGAAUGGAAUGAGCGCUUGAAAGCAAGAACAAGGAUGACCAAACUUAUAAUAAUCAUUGCCGCUGCUGAAAGGGUAAAUAAAACCUCUCGAAGAGUCAAGCUGAA